AUGGCGGGAAAGGGCCAUUCGACGACAGAAAUUCCGUUUCGUGCUGCCGAUGGCGUGUCGAGAUUCUUUCUUUUCGAGGCUUUGCGUACGGGCUGUGAGGAAAUUGGUUCUGCGUCUGAGCAACUCGAGUCUGCGCGUGAUAAAGCCGAGAAGAUGCUCAUCAAGGACUCAUCUAUUGAGUUUGAAUCUCUGCUUCAGGAAAUUCUAGAAUCCUGUGUGAAGAGUUUGCAGACACAUGCUACUAUUGUUGAAGCUGUUGCUGAGACAAUGAAUGGUAAUGUUGAGCAGUCUGAUGGAACCGACAGAAAGGAAUCGAUCAAGUAUAGAUUGCUUGUUGAUCAGAUCAAGGAUGCUGCAGCUGGAGUGGAGCAAUUGAGGAGUGUGAACCUCAAGAAAGAAGAGUCACCUCCAUUACCAACCGAAAGUGACUUUGACUCGGAGCCGGAAGUGCAAUCAUCCAAAAAGCCAAAGAGUGGCAAUUCAGAGCAGACCACUCUUCCCGACAAUAAUAAGUCCGAGUCUGAGUACACCUCCAACACUCCAGCAUCAGUCACUGGAACUCCAUCAUCUGAGCUUCAAGACGAAAAGCCAAUGCAGGGCAAGGGCAAGAAGCUCGGCAAGCCGCCCAAGCCAUCAAAUAUCUACAGUGCUUCUUCAAAAGCCUCCAAUGGCACUAGCGAGGCCAUCCCUAAGCUCAGGACGGACAACGAUACCCCUAUGACCAACAACGACCAUCCACCUACAACCCCCAAGCCCGGCCCAACAAACCAAAGCUUCAUCGACUCAGAAGACAUCAACGCAGAAGUAGAAGCCCGUCUCGCCGCCAAAGAACAAAAACGUCUAAAGAAGAAACAAGCAAAAAAGCGCAAGCGCGACUCCGUGGCCUCAGAUAUCUUUUCUCCAGAUCCCAAAGCCGAGGCUGAGCAUGGAGAAAUCUUGCCAGCAAAGAAGAAAGCACGUGUUGAGAAGAUUGAUGUUGAUGAUGGAAAAGGAAAACGUCAGAACGUUGAUGAUGCGAAUGGUGGUAAAGUAAAGGCCAAGAAGCAGAAA